CGUCAAUCAAACGUAUGUUAUGUAAAUAAGAUGUAAAUAAAUAAUGUGAAGAAAAACAACAGAAGAAUUAGUGAAAAAUGUCUUCAACAUUGAAUAUAGACGAUUUGAGUGCAAUAGAUCUGUCUCUAAUAUGUCGCGGAUGUUUAGCGACGUCUGGAGAAAUGAAAAAUAUGGUCGAAUGGGGCUUAUUAGACGAAUUUUAUAAGCUUACAAAUGUCCAGGUAAACACAGCAGAUAAUCCGUCUCUACUGCUUUGUGUGCAAUGCGAGGAUGUCAUACACAAGUGUAGGAGCUUCAAAGCCACCUGCCAGAAAGCUGAUGAGUUAUUGAGGACUGCUUUAGAGAAGAAACUAUCCAGCGAUCUUCAUAAACUUGGAGACUCCUCAUCAACUUCACAAGAAAACUCAAUACACACAGAGUUAACUGAAAAUCAACUCAUAAUAAAAAUAAUAGCGCCUCACAUGGACUCAAAAAUAAAUCUGCCUUGCCUCUAUUGUAACUCUGAAUUCCUAAAACGAACAGAUUUGAUGUACCACUUAGUUAAACAACAUAAAGUAAUUAAACGUUUUAAUGUAGAUUUAAAAUAUUAUUGCCAUAUAAAAAACUGUUCAUAUCACAUAAGCUCAGGCACAGAAAAACAUUUCACAGGCAGAAAAUACCUAAAUCAACACAUAUUCAAAGUUCACAGAGACAAAAUAAUUUGUGACGCGUGCAAUUUGGCCUUUUUCAAUGAUGUUGAUUUCAAACGGCAUUUGAAAACCUGUAAUUCCAUAUUCAUGUGUCAGGCUUGCGAUAAACCGUUUAAGACGUAUGAAAGUUUCUUAGUACAUUUGUUAAGGAAGCAUCCCGAAUUGCAUAAGCAAUAUAUGGUUGAGAGGAAAGCUGAAAAACGUGGUUUAGACACUCGAUUUGAUGCAAAAAAGGUUAAAAUUAAAAAAACGUGUUCCAAUAAAACUGAUUUAUAUUUAGAUAAAGCUGAAAAAUCUAAUUCAGAAAGUAAUGUUGAUACAAAAAAGAUUAAAACCGAUAAAAAUAAGACAGAAUCGGAUAAAUUAGAUAAAUCGGAGUUUUUCUGCGACAGUCCAAAGCGUUCUUUUGCAACUCAGACGUUAGAUUUCGAAAAACAUAUCAAAAAUGAUGUAACUCUACCAUCUUGGCAGGCUGAAAAAUCGGAUGAUACAAAAAAAGAUGAAAUGUCAACUCAAACCGUAUUUGAAGACUUAUUAUCGUUAAAAUCUAAUAUGAGUGAGGAUGAUGCAAUGUUUUCUGACUCAGUAUCGCUAUCGGAUAUUCAGACUCAAACUCUACCGUUAGAGUUCGGUUUGAGUCGAUCUAAUAAAGAGACUAUUACCUCCGAGACUCAGUCACCAGACUUGAGUAUCAAAGAGACUCAAACUUGUCUAUGUCUCUACGACUCUCCCAAACCCAAUUUUAGAUGUACAGAAAGCGUUUCCUCAAGCCCUAGUACAUUUAAUAUGUUGACCUCAACUGAGACCCAAACUUUGGACCUUAGGGGUAGCUUUUAUAAUGAUUUUUUGAGUUUUUCGUCAGCGGAGACUCAGACUUGUUUUGACGAUGAUGGUAAUAAAGAUUUAUGAUAUUGGUUUUAAUUGUUAUUGCUUUGCAAUUCGGGGGUUUUAUGAUAUGGUUUUUUUAUUUAGAGACUUGUAGAAACUAACACGCACAACGAAUAAUAAAAAUAAGAAUCACACUAUCACAUCACACUAAUAUUUUAAAGGCGAAAGUUUGUGUGUAUGUUUGUGUGUGUGUGUAUGUUUGUUACUCCUUCACGCAAAAACUACUGG